CUAAACGCCAACGAAAUGAAGUGUAUUCUUAUCUUGUCAGCCUUUGUUGCAAUUGUGGGUAUGGCUGCAGUCACCACAGCUCAUCCCCAAAGAGUUUACGUGCAAAAGCUGCCUUACUAUCCACCACCAACUCAAGCACCAAGACCCAUUCGAGUAAGACGUUCCCCAGACGAUGCUCCCUUGAGUAAGGGCGUUUCCAUUGCUACCAAUUCCGCCUCUGGCAAUCUGUACUCAGGACCCUCCAAUAGAGUCGAUGCCAAGGUAACCCAGAGUCAGACACAUUUUCCCUCUGGCCGAAUUGCUGAAGGCUCCAGUGGCUCCAUUGCUUGGUCCAAUUCCCAUGGAGUGGGAGCCUCACUCAGCCGUGACAUUAACAAGGGUGUCAGCGACACCUUCAGCAAAUCGGUGAAUCUUAACCUACUCAACACUGACAGAAAUCGUUUGGAUGCCAUCUAUUCUCAGUCAAAUAUUAGACAGAACAAUGGUUUUGGUUUCAAUAAAAACAGUGGUUCCUUGGAUUGGUCCAAUGCCGGUGGUCAUGGUGCCAAUGUUGGUCUUUCGCGUUUCGAAGGCAUCGGAAAGCAGGGUUCCAUUGGUGCCCACACAAAUCUCUUUAAGUCGGAUAAUGGCAAUACACGUCUCGAUGCUUAUGGAGGAGGCUCAAAAUGGUUGAGUGGGCCAUUUGAAAAUCGACGUGAAUUUAAUUUUGGAUUGACGGGAAGUCAUUCAUUCCGUGCUGAUAUGGUGAAUCGCUGUACAAAUGCUGCACAACUGAUAAGAAUGUAUCUUUCAAGUAUAAAAGCAACGGUAACAAAAAUGAAAAGCAUCAGUUACAUUCCAAAUACUAAAAUUAAAUAUUCUUCUCCAAAGAAACUAAAAGCCUACGAAAUGAAGUGUGUUCUUAUCUUGUCAGCCUUUGUGGCAGUUGUGGCUAUGGCUACAGUCACCACAGCUCAUCCCCAAAGAGUUUACGUGCAAAAGCUGCCUUACUAUCCACCACCAACUCAAGCACCAAGACCCAUUCGAGUAAGACGUUCCCCAGACGAUGCUCCCUUGAGCAAGGGUGUUUCCAUUGUCACCAAUUCUGCCUCUGGCAAUCUGUACUCAGGACCCUCCAAUAGAGUCGACGCCAAGGUAACACAGAGUCAGACACAUUUUCCCUCUGGCAAAAUUGCUGAAGGUUCCAGUGGUUCGAUUGAUUGGUCCAAUUCCCUUGGUGUGGGAGCCUCGCUUAGUCGUGACAUUAACAAGGGUGUCAGUGACACCUUCAGCAAAUCGGUGAAUCUUAACCUACUCAACACUGACAGAAAUCGUUUGGAUGCCAUCUAUUCUCAGUCAAAUAUUAGACAGAACAAUGGUUUUGAUUUUAAUAAAAACAGUGGCUCCUUAGAUUGGUCCAAUGCCGGUGGUCAUGGUGCCAAUCUUGGUCUUUCGCGUUUCGAAGGCAUCGGAAAGCAGGGUUCAGUUAGUGCCCACACAAAUCUCUUUAAAUCGGAUGAUGGCAACACACGUCUCGAUGCUUAUGGUGGAGGCUCCAAAUGGUUGAGUGGGCCAUUUGAAAAUCAACGUGAACUUAAUUUUGGUUUGACGGGAAGUCAUUCAUUCCGUGGUUAGUUUAGUAUUUUUGCAAUAAUUGUUUCAAACUAUUUAUUAUUUUUAUUUUAUGAGCAAUAAAAUAUAAAUUAUUCAUAUGAAAGUA